CGGCGGGAGGGCGGCCCCCAGGGCUGCGGCCCCGCGGUAGCUCCGCUCCUCCGGGGUAUUCCGUCUCCUAAAGGGAACUUUGCGCAGGAUCCCGCGGCCGGAGGAAGGGAGGGAAGUGCAAAGACGAGGGGAAAAAUAUAUAUAAACGUAUUGCUAAGCCGCACGAUGCCGGAGCGCGGCCCGGGGGCUCCCGGUGAGCGCAGAGCCGCCGCUGGAGAGCCGUAGAGCGGAGCCUGGAGCCGGAGCGGUGCGGGAGCCCCGGCGGAGCUCGCCCCCCGCAGCACGGCAGCCCCGGCGCCCAGAGCCUUUUCUUGCCUCCCGGCGAUUAAUGGAAUGAUGUUGCGGAAAAGGCAGAGCGAUCCUGCCGGGCUCAGUCGGGACUGCUCGGGCGGCGGCAGAGGCGGCGGCAGUGGGGUAGCGAGCGGCAUGCGAGGCCCCCCCCGGCGCUAUGGCUAGCGGCGGCUCUGGCAAGUCCAGCAGCGAGGUGUCCGGCGGCGGCAUCCCCAGCGGCAGCUCCCUGCAGAGGAAGAAGCUCAUCUCUAUCUGCGACCACUGCAAGAUCAAGAUGCAACUGGUGGCCGAUCUGCUUCUGCUGUCGAGCGAGACCAGGCCGGUGAACACUGAGAGCUUGUCUGUCUUCGGCGAGUCUUUCGAGAAGUGCAGGGACACGAUUAUUGCCAGGACCAAAGGACUUUCCAUCUUGACCCACGACGUCCAGAGCCAGCUCAAUAUGGGACGCUUCGGGGAGGUGGGGGAAAGCCUGAUGGAGAUGGGGGAGCUGGUGGUCUCCCUGACCGAGUGCUCUGCCCACGCUGCCUAUCUGGCUGCAGUGGAGACUCCGGGGGCCCAGCCUGCCAUGCCCGGCUUGGUGGAUCGCUACAAGGUGACGCGAUGUCGGCACGAGGUGGAGCAUGGCUGCGGGGUCUUGAAGACCACCCCUUUGGCAGAUAUGAGCCCUCAGCUCCUGCUGGAGGUUUCCCAGAACAUGUCCAAGAACUUGAAAUUCCUGACAGACGCCUGUGUGCUGGCCGGUGAGAAAUCCAAGGAUAAAUUUGCUAAGGAGCAGUUCAAACUCAGUGUCAAAUGUAUGAGCACCAGCGCCUCCGCCCUCUUGGCGUGUGUCAAGGAGGUCAAGACUUCACCCAGCGAGCUGACCAGGAACCGCUGCGUCUUGUUCAGUGGACCUUUGGUGCAGUCUGUCUAUGCUCUGGUGGGCUUUGCCACUGAGCCCCAGUUUUUGGGUAAAGCUGCCACCAUCAAUCCGGAGGGCAAAGCUGUGCAAACUGCUAUCCUAGGAGGAGCCAUGAGUGUGGUUUCUGCUUGUGUGCUCCUGACCCAAUGCCUCAGGGAUAUAGCCCAACACCCCGAAAGUAGCACCAAAAUGAGCGAUUACAGGGAAAGGUUGAGGAACUCAGCUUGCGCCGUCUCGGAUGGUUGCAACCUGUUAUCUCAGGCACUAAGAGAAAGAUCUUCACCCAGGACUUUACCGCCAGUGAACUCCAAUUCUGUGAAUUAACCCCCACACCUUCUGUUUAGAUCUCAGUCGUUGCUAAAGGAAAAUAAUAUCCCACCUCCUCACCCCUGUUUUGUAUACCAAAGAAUUUGCUUGGAUGAGCCCAAUCCUUUGAUUUCAUGUGGUGAAGAAGCAGAACAGCAUAUUCAAAUUAUACGUACUAACAAAGGUAGCCAGUCUGGGCUUCUUUUUAUUUUGAGCAAGUACCUGCAGAUAACUGUUCCUUUAUUCAACCAGAUCUUCACACAGAUGGUAAUAGCAACUGUUUAAAAGUUUUAUAUUUGGGGAGGUGGGGGUAUCUGAACUAAUAAGAAAAAAAAGAAAAAAAAAAAAGGAAAAGAAAAUAGCUUUAAUCGCGCUGGGUGCGGUUUUUAAAGUUUGUCUUGUCUUGUCUUCCGAAAUUUCCCUUCUAAAUUUUACUGUUUGGUUGUGCAGGAAAAAGGUUACCUCAGUUCUCAUUCGUUUUAAAAAUGAAAAGAAGAAAACACCACCACGUAGAUGAUGGAUGUAGCUACUAUUUUGUUUGUUUUUGUUUUGUAUGACUUUUUUUUUUUUUUUUAAUUUUGCAUCAAGUGUUAGGUUAGAAGUGCAUUUGGUGUGUAGGAGUGGAAGGACUGGAGGUUGUGAUUAUGUUUUCCAUGUGUUGAUUUCCAAACUGGGGGAAAAGCUACUGUGAGUGUUUAAACAAACAAACAAAAAAAUUACACUAUAACAGAAGUGAUUUUUAAUUUUUUUUUUUCCAAUGUCAGUUUUUAUCUUGCAUGUACUGGAGUAUUUAUUUCAUCUAUUAAAAUGUUAUGUUUCUCAGAUGUCUUUCUGUGAAUCUCUUAAUACUUGAAUAAUUGAACAACAAGGCCUGUUUGCAUUCUGUGUCAUUUUCCCCAGGGAAUGGGUGGUACAAAUGUAACUAGUGCUAGACAGCAGCAUACAGGCUUCAAUUCAGUUCUUUAUUUUCCUAACUGCUGUCCGGCCUCCUCAGGACGGAUGUCUGUGAUAGAGAUACUCUUUCAUUGUAUUUGUGGAGCUGUGUGCACUGGGAUUACUCUAUCUGCAGGGCCCUGGUGGUUGCUGUGCAGUGACAUAGGCUGGCUUUGUCUUUAUCAGCAUUCUGUGUUAUCUUGGAGACGCUUGUGUGUUUUAACUUCUGCAGAUGUCGCAGGCCACGUGUGUGAAACUUGUGAGUUUUCAUUAAGGACUUCUGGGGAUGAAAAAGCCUACCUGCUGGAUAGCCCUGCUUAUGCAGUAUAGGAAUGUGAAGGUUUGAGUUGGGCACUGGUGGCUCAGAGGUUGGUGUUGGAGCUGUUCAGUGCAGGUUUCUGUCGAAAGUACAUGGAAUUUGAUGCUGCAGAUAUUGUGAAAAGUUAGCUAAUGCUCAGGCCUGGUCCAACUCCAGUUGGAUUCCUUGGAAUUGCGAGUGGACCUAAGGGAACACCACAGUAGUUAGUGUAACUGCAGUGACCUUUUCAGCCUGACAGUUGUGGGCUUGUGCUAUCUGUUGACCUCUAUAUGUUCCCUGAAAAGUAAAUACAAAAAGCAGGUCUUUGGGUGAGUAGGCCUCAUCUGUCUGCCCAGCUCCAUUGCAUAACUGGAUUUUUUUUACAGGUCUGCAAAUUGAACAAUGUUGAAAUCUAUUGGAAAAUGUAUCUUAAAACUGUUGUUAAUGUGGUUUAAACCUUUACUGUGCAACUACUGUCCUGUUUGUUUCCUUAAAGAAGUAGGUCUUUGGCUAUGGAUAUAGAACAGUCAGUGAAAGGUCUUUCCUUCAUAGCAUUUGUGUUUGUUUUGUCCUGCAUGUGGUGCUUUUACUUAAUUUCAAACAUGAGUAAAAUGUGUAGUGGACAAAAACCUCCUGUCAAAGGAGAUACACCCUAAGAUACAUUCAUAUCUUCAGGGUCAGAAAAAACAAUUUUCCUUCAGCACAGUGGACCCCAGUAUUAGGUCUUGUUUAUUUUGAAAUGAAACUUCUUGACUUCAGUGAAUCGCACUUAUCUUUGCGGAGAAUCCAUCCAACCUAUGUUCCCGUGGAGUGUGACUUUCACACCACGCUCUGUGCUGCAGUCUAACUCCAUCACGGUGUGCUGCAGAGGCAUGGAUGCAGUAUAGUGAGAAAGUUCUCUCAUGUACAUACGGAUCUGUCUGUCCAUGUAUACAUGUGCACGCACGUACAGACUGACACAUACUGUUCUAACCUUGUCUUAGAUAAUCCUGUUUGCUGGAAUAUCCAGCCUAGGAGCCCUCCCCAGGUAUUUCCUCAGAGACUCUCGCAUGCAUGCACGCGUGUUUUCCCAUCUGGAUGGCAGGCACAGCUGUGGGACUCCCAGGGGACUCAGAGGAAGCCAAGGCCAUCUACAGGGAGGUCCUGCGCCUCCUAAGUGUUUGCGGCUGUCUGCUCAGCUAUCCUUUGUAUCUCUCUCCCUUCCAGCAUGUCUGCGUGGAAGCCGAGAUAGUGUCCCAGCCUGCCCUUCCUUUUUUUCUGCAGUUAGGCUGAGGGGAAGGAGGAAAAAGGGGCUGCAGCAAACAUAAUGCUUUCAGGAUGUGCUAUCUUGUGUGGCUGCUGAAGGGAGGUGAGGAACCGGCUCCACCCUUCCUUUGCAUAGAUCCUGGAUGGGGCAGAAGUUCGUGUGGGACGUGUGGGGACGGUGCUAGAGGCCUGCAGGGCCCACAGUUGGGCAGGGCCUGCUCCACACACGUACCCUUCGUCCUGGUCUAGCCUGGUGCUUUCACGUUACUGUGCCCCAGCUUGGGGCUGCUUCCAGAUAUACCAGGAGAUUCUGAAGGGCAGCUCUGCAACAUGUCUGACAAGAAAGAACACACAAAACAAAACAACAAAAUGUCCUACUGUUUCUUAAUUGUGUUUCUGCUUAACCAUUUUUGGCACCGCUGAACUAAUUAGAUUCUUUUUGAUUCAUUGUUACAUUAUUAAUGAGGUUGAGUGGAUCACAGCACAGCUUCUUUAUUACCUCUGCCUAUGAAAGGCAAUAUAUUAUUAAUGAUGUUAGUGCCAGUUUGUGUUGUUGUGAUAUUUUAAGUGGUUUAGUACAAUUUCUGUUUGUAAGAAGGGUACUGUAAAUCCUAUCCUGCCCCACCCCAACUUCUGAGUGUAUUUUGAAGUACAUAUGUAUAUAAAUAUGUAUAUAACUUCCUCAUUUCUUUCCAUAGUAGAACUCCCACUGAUGAGAGAGGUAGCCAUGCACUGCUCUGGCCUCAGCUCAAGGCAAAAUCUGUGCUACACGUUUCUAACACAGCAAAGUUCAAAAAAGGGCUUUUGAUAUGAAUGUGAACAACUGUUUUGAUGUAUUCUGAGUGAAUGGUUAACAGGAAAAAAACUUUAUAAAGAACUGAUGUAUAUUGGAAUAAUUGCUUUGGAAUGUAUUUCUAUAGAAUAUUAAUUCUGAUAUGAGACGUCGUUUCAAUAGGGAUAUUCAUACUUCGUAUUUUCUGGGAC